AUGAGAUUUUCGGCAUCCGUUCUGCUGGCAACAGUGUCUGCAAUGGUCAGCUCUGUUUCGGCCUCUUCUUGCUCAUACGUUGAUGGUAAUUACUACUGUGAUAGCGUGUCAGCCGUUGUAUACUCUGGCAUUGGCUACUCUGGCUCUUACUCAGACGUGACCGACAUGGACGAGGACUCUUGUUCGUGUUCGCAGGAGACCGUCAAGUUCUCCGGAACGAUGUCGCCUCUCGACGAGGAGCUUUCUGUCCAUUUCAGAGGCCCUCUUCAGCUGCUCCAGUUUGGUGUUUACUAUCCUUCGGGUUCCAGUGCCAAGAAGCUUGCCAAGCGUGAGGAGGAGUGUACCACCACUGCACACGUUCACCACAAACACAAGCGUGCUUACGAGUAUGUCGAGGUUACUGCUACGGUUUUUGUUGAUCAACAUGGAAACACCAUCACCAAGUCAGAGAGCAGCACCCUGACUUCUUCCAGUUCAUCUUCUGCUGAGACGUCUUCCACUGAGGCGUCCUCAACUGAGUCCUCCACUGAGUCCUCUUCUGAGGCUUCUUCCACGCAGGCCUCUUCUACGGAGUCCUCUGAGUCUUCUGCCUCGGCUUCGUCCACAGAGUCAUCUGCCACAUCUUCUUCCACAUACUCUGCUGGUUCCUGGGAGAGAGUUUCGUACUUCGAGCCAGGUUCGACAGACAACGUCACUUUCUUGAACACUCUUGGUGGAACUACUUCGUCCGGUACCUGGUCUUCGUGUUUCGGUAACUCGUUGUCGUACUGUGCCUCUAACGGUGAGGAUGCCUCUUCUUCUGCAGAGGCUCUCAACAAGGUGACCAUUCCUUCCGACACCGAGUACAUGAUCUUCUCGGGAUCUGACUGCUCAGACUCUUCUGUUGGUGACUGUGGAUACUACAGAUCUGGCAUUCCCGCUUACCACGGCUUUGGAGGUGCUUCCAAGAUCUUUGUGUUUGAGUUUGAGAUGCCUACCGCAUCUUCCUCUGAGUCCGAUUCUUCCAACUACGACAUGCCUGCUAUUUGGCUGCUCAACGCCAAGAUCCCAAGAACUUUACAAUAUGGCGACUCAUCGUGUUCGUGCUGGUCUACUGGAUGUGGUGAGCUCGAUCUCUUUGAAAUUCUGAGCUCUGGCUCUGACAAGUUGAUCUCGCACAUUCACGAUGGUCAGGGUGACAAUGGAAGCAAAUCCGGUGGUGCUGGAUCCCAGGACUAUUUCGACAGACCAACUUCCUCUUCGUUGAAGGCUGCUGCUAUCUUCGAGAACGGUGAGGUCCACAUUGUCGUUCUUGACGACGACACUGACUUUGGUUCUUCCCUUGACAGUGACACUGUCAGCACGUGGUUGGAUGUCACCGGUGGUUCUGCCUCCCUUUAA